CGAGGACGACAGGCCUUGUGUAUGACUACGUGGGCAGUUGACACUUGUCAACCCGGUAUGAUCAAAUGCGUGGGAACCCCGCGGAAGCCGAUAUUGGUCCUCUCCGUAGCGAAGCCGGGAACCGUCUCCGCCGCUGCUUCUGUCAAACAGAUGCAGAAGGAUUUCAGUUGAGGAUUCGGAGGGCUUGUCAGUGCAGUCGGGAUCAGAACAUGGUCAUGGGCCACAUGCCGGAAGCUGGACCUCGCUCCGACCGGCCACGAUCUGGAGAAACAGGCACCUUUGCGGACCGACGCUUCGAUACGCAAUAUCCAUGGGACAGUCGAUAUGCUCUCGGCGGACACUGCAUGCUUCCUGCGUGGUGACGUUGCCCAAGUUGCAGUUACGAUCCGGCCUGAAGUUUGAUCACAGCUUCCACACUGUUGCCGUGGACAUGAAGAAGCCGCCGAUGGCGCGGUUGGCGAAACAAUCGUGACCGAGGUUAGGCUUGCGAGAGGAGUUGCUGGGCCGCUAAUACUGUUUCUGCUAAAUGGGGCCUUUGCAGAGUCGUUGACGUGUCUAGAGACGGGAAAAGAAAGCCUGUGCAGGCGGGGCGUUGAGCGUCAAGGGAAAGCAUGUGAUGGCUUGGAGGCGUAUCAAGGACACCACCAUGACACCAGCAUCAUGUUAUGGAAAGGCUCUAGGCAUAACUGUGGGGAGGCUGCAAAGUGCAUGAGUUGGGCAGCAAGUGUAAAGUAGAUAGCAGACACAGUGAAGCGAUCAACAAGGUUUACACGCCCGCUGAUCAUGGCAAGCACCAGGGCAGGCAUACAACACGGAAAGCGGCAUGACCACCAGGGCGAUAUUAGAAUGUGAAUUACUACUUCCUACAUGAAGGACCAAAAGGCGGGGGAAUAGAUAUCGAAAGGCUAAGAAAACAUACGAGAAGCAGUGUCAUGUUGAGACGGCGUAGCCACGGACCUGAUCCAAAAGCUAUCACUGUCCGUUAAAAUAUGAAAGGCCCCCAGAGUAAGAAGAGAAGAAGCCCUACAUCCGACAAUGUCCUUCAAUGUCGGCAAUGUACAGGCCACCCAUUACCAACGCCCGCAGAUGUGAUGAUCAGUACACCUUUUGGCGGAACCAUCGUCUCCC